ACAAUUCCCAGAAUGCUUGGCGGAACCAGCCCCGGACUCUGAUUGGCUGCGUUCCGCCUGCGCUUGUCUGAAGGUGAAGUAGCAAAAUUUGGGUCACAGACCCGUCCUCGUCUCCAUGAUGUGGUCCACUGGACUUCCACGUUUCGUCCUCUGCAGACAUCAGACCCAGAAUGUCCUGUCAAGAACACACACAUCCACCCCUCCUUUCCAGGAGGUGGUCAUCGUUAGCGCCACGCGCACCCCCAUGGGCUCUUUCAAAGGCUGCCUGGCGGCAGUUCCAGCCACCAAACUGGGCUCUGUGGCCAUCAGAGGCGCUGUUGAACAAGCAGGAAUAGCUCCUGAGGAGGUAAAAGAGGUCUACAUGGGAAACGUGCUUCAGGCUGGACAAGGUCAGGCCCCCACACGACAGGCCCUGCUAGGAGCAGGCUUGAGCCUGGGAACCCCGGCAACAACCAUCAACAAAGUCUGUGCGUCUGGAAUGAAAGCCAUCAUGAUGGCAGCCCAGAGUCUGAUGUGUGGUCACCAGGACGUGAUGGUGGCUGGAGGCAUGGAGAGCAUGUCCAACGUCCCAUACGUGAUGGCCAGAGAGACCCCAGCCUACGGGGGGGUGAAGAUGGAGGACCUGAUAGUCAAGGAUGGACUCACAGACGUUUAUAACAAGUUCCACAUGGGCAACUGUGCAGAAAACACAGCCAAGAACAGCCGCAUCAGCAGAGAGGAGCAGGACGCCUUCGCCAUCAGCUCAUACAGUCGCAGCAGAGCAGCGUAUGAGGCUGGUGUGUUUGCCAAGGAGAUUGUUCCGGUUAGCAUUCCCCAGAAAGGCAAGCAGGACGUGGUGGUGUCCGAAGAUGAGGAGUGGAGGCGCGUGGACUUCAGCAAGGUCCCCAAACUGAGGCCGGUGUUCCUGAAGGAGAACGGCACGGUGACUGCAGCAAACGCCAGCACUCUGAACGACGGCGCUGCGGCUCUGGUGCUGAUGACGGCGGCGGCGGCAGGCCGCCUGGGCGUGGUGCCGCUGGCCAGGAUUGUGGCCUUUGCAGACGCUGCAGUGGCUCCCAUCGAUUUUCCCAUCGCUCCUGCCUUCGCCGUGCCAAAGGUGCUGAAGGCUGCAGGGCUGACCAAGGAGGACGUUUCCAUGUGGGAGAUCAACGAAGCCUUCAGCGUGGUGGUUCUAGCCAACAUCAAGAUGCUGGACAUCGACCCCACCAAGGUCAACAUCAAUGGGGGGGCAGUCUCUCUGGGACACCCCAUUGGGAUGUCUGGAGCGAGGAUCGUGGGUCACAUGGUCCACAACCUGAAAACUGGUCAGUUUGGGCUGGCGAGCAUCUGCAACGGAGGAGGCGGAGCCUCUUCCAUUCUGAUUCAGAAGCUUUGAAGAAAGCCUUUGGGUCUGCGGCGUCUGUUACGGCUACAGUAGCCUUUAGUCACACUCCUUUGUUUUAGAGCAACAGUUCAGGUUUGAGAAAUAAAGAGUUUGAAGAGCUGGCUUUGACCUGCUGCAGACU